AUGAACUAUUUAAAUUAAUCUCAGAAUUCAAAGAACAUUUAUUGGAUAAUUUGAAUCAAUCCUCAGAACCUGAAGAUAAAAUAGACGACUGUGAAAAAUAUGGUCACGAUCUUUGGAAACUUACUAUUGAUUAUCAUAACGCGUCAAAAGGAGAAUGGAGUAAAUUGAAAGUGUUAAAAAAAGAUGAAAUCAAUGAACUUUCUCCAGAAGCGUUAAAGCACAAUAGCAUGUAUAUGGGAGAAUUAGCUUACCAUCAAUAUCGAGCAGCGUGCAAAGUUGCCGAUAGAGCUAAACUGUUAAAAAAACAAGUAAAAUUGCGAGGAUAUAUGGCUCUGUGUUUAUAUUUCACAAACAAAUUUUUAGAAGCUCCACUAUAUGCUUUAGCGGCAAUUCAUUUGCAAAUUCAGAAUUCGCAUAAUGUUACGCAACAAGAAUUAAAUGAAGCAAAAAAAUUAUUCGAUAAAGUUAAUGGUAGAAAAGAAAGGAAUAAAAGAGAAGAGUGUAUGACCUCCAAUUCGAAUAUUGAAAUUAAAUUAGAAAGUGAUUUUAAUAACGUGAUGGCUUUAGUAAAAAUAAAAGAUCAAGAGAUUUCUUUCAAUCAUAGAAAGAUUAUCCAGAAUUCAAUCAAUAAAGAUUUGAAUAAUAUGGCUACUAAAUUAUUUAUUGAAGCAGAUCGUAGUUUGGUUUGUUAUCAAACAUCAUAUAAUGAGAUUUUAAGUGCAAAAAAACAUGCAACUUCGCACAAAGUUAAAGGUGGUGCGACUAUAGCAAGUGGUGUAAUAGGAGGAGGAGUAGUAGUCUCUACAGCCUUGGGAAAUAUUUGUGAAGCUACGUUUGAAUUUGGAAUUAGGUCAUUAGCUGGUCCGGCCUUUUUAGUUGUGGGUGCAUUCGUUAUUGCUGCUGGAAUAUAUAGCGGUUUGGGUAUGUAUAAAAAAGGCACAAAGAUGUUAAAAGAGCCAAAAAUUCGAGAAAAGCUCAAUAAAAUCAUGACUAAGGCGUUAAGCUCCUAUGAUAAAGGAGAAUAUCAAGAGUUUAUAAAUGCACUUUCUGAAGAGUAUGAUGAAAAGAGUCACAAAAGCCUCAUAGAAUGUUGCGAUGGAAUCGGCAUUAAAGGGACAGAUGAUAUAGUAAGCACGCUUAAAAUGCAUGGCUUCAGAUCAGAUGGCAUUGCAUAUUUACUUGUUCUGCUUGGAGAGGUCUUAGGUAGUGGAAAAAUAAUAAUCGAAGGUGUCACACAUGCAGAUCUUAAGACACAUGCGAAGAGAAUUUUUCGAGAAGCACUGAACAACGAUCUUGUAGAGGAAGCUAGAAAGUUAGAUAAUUGUACUAGUGAAUUGCGAAAAACUAGUAAAGGGGACUAUACGAGGUUUUUUAAAAGCACUUAUGGUAAAGUUCUAGAUUCUAUUUUAUCGAGAGAGAAUACAAAUUUGGCUUUAGAAUAUCUAGAUGACUCCCUAGAAAUGCCUUUUUUUUCAAGACUUGAAGAAAUACGUAACAUUGCAAGGAUUAAUAUUGCAAUUCUUAAUAUAACAGAAUAUGAUUUGUACGCAUGUAGAGAGGCCAUCAAAAUCGUUGACGAAGUUCGAAAGUCGAUAAAAGAAAAUUAUCAAUUUAUUAGCAAAGCCCAAUUACGUUUAGAAAUAUUGGAAGAUUUCUUGUGGAUAAUUAGUGGAGAGGUUCUACCUGAUACAUCUUUUAUUACUUAUUCUGUUACAACAGAAUCAGCACUGGAAUUGGAUGAUAAAUACAUUAAUUACUUGAAUAAUCAACUAUCUUUUAACCCAGAGAAAACACAUAAAUAUGAUAAAGCAGUUUAUUUUGAACAUUUGGCUGAAAAAGAAGCUAAAAUUAAUAAAUUAACCAGUUUACGAUAUUGGCAAUGCGCUCAAGAAAACUAUGAAAGUUUGCGUGAAGUAGAUCCUGAAGAAUUGACUUAUUCCCUUGGAUAUGCAAGGUGCUUACUAAAAUUAUCUAAAUACACCCAAGUUAUUGGACUUUCUGAUACAUGCCCUGUAUUAAAUGGUUUAUCGGAAUAUUGGCACUUUCGUAGUAUAGCUUAUUUUAAGCAAGCAAAAUAUAAAGAAUCUAUGGUAUGUAAUACCGAAGCACUGACAAUAGAUCCUAAAAAUAAUCCUGCUGAUAAACACAGAGAACUUAUUAACAAAUUGAAAGUGGAAAAUACCGUUAAACACCACAUUGAUCGCUAUAAAAGUGAAUUGAUAUAUGAAGCAGAUUAUUUAAAAAAUUCACAUAGUAACGAACGUCCUGUCUAUAAUAUUCUAUCAAUUGAUGGUGGAGGAAUACGUGGAGUAUUACCUGCUUUAUGGCUUAGUGAGAUAGAAUACCGCACUCAUAGACCCAUUUCUCACCUAUUUAAUAUGAUAGCUGGAACAUCGACUGGUGGAAUCAUUGCCGCAGGAUUAUCAGCACCACAAUUCGAAAAAUUCGGAAGUAUUCCAAAUGAAGUUUCUAACGAUCAAAUAUACACUAAAAUAUACGAAUAUUCGGAUUUAAAACCAAGACUUUCAGCUUCAGAAUUAUUGAACAUUUACAAGAACGAUGCAAAAAAAUUAUUUAGUAAAAGAUCAUGGACCCUCUUCAAUGUAUCUGAUCAAUAUACAAAUGAAGGUCGUUCUACUAUGUUUAAAAAAUAUUUUGAAGAGACAAAAUUAAGUCAUUCACUUACUGAAUUGGUUAUUCCUGCCGUAAAUGAAACUUACUCAGCAAUGUCAUAUUUAUUUACCCGAUAUGAUGCUUAUAAAAAUAGCGAAGAUGACAAUACUUUAGUAGAUACCUUAAUGGCCACAACAGCUGCACCUACUUUUUUUCCACCUUAUAAUAUUUGGAAUAAGGGGACCUUUUUAGAUGGGGGAAUACAUCUUAAUAACCCAGCGUCAACUGCUUAUGGAGAAGCUAUUAGAUAUAAGGUGGCAAAUGAAAAGAUUUCUGUACUUUCUCUGGGUACAGGAUGUUAUAUACCAGAUCCUUCAAAGCCUGAACUAUAUAGGCACCUGCUUUUUUGGGCACAAAAUCUUCCUAAUUUAGCAAUGUCUGCGCAAGAAGGUAACACGGAUCGUGAAAUGUAUAAUAUCCUAGGAAAUCGUUAUCAACGAUGGCAAAUCUUUUUUGAAGAACCUAUAGGAUUAGAUAACCAUGAAAGUAUUCCUAAUCUUUUAGAAUUAGGAUGUCAAUAUAUAGAAGAACUUGAUUAUUCAGAUGAUAAUCCCAUCAACACGUUGGUGGAGUCUUUUGAACAUAA